AUGAAGGAAGCUAGACUCAUGAGAGGCUUAGAUCAUCCAAAUGUGGUAAAACUUCACGGAGUUGGAGUUCUUGAUCGUCCUCUCUACAUACUCUUAGAAUAUGUUGCAGGGGGAUCAUUGAGGAAGUAUUUGAAGAAUAACAAGAAUUCCAUGACUAUAGAUGAGAAAGCUCAGAUAGCACUUGGGGCAGCAUGGGGAGUUGAUUACCUGCAUAAGUCUCGCAUACUACAUAGGGAUAUAGCUGCUCGUAACUGUCUGUAUGACCAAGUCUCUGCGGUCAAAAUAUCAGACUUUGGCCUUUCUCGGCCUGGCACCGCUUAUAAAAUGAAAUCCGCCAAGAAAAUGCCAGUGCGGUGGAUGGCACCAGAAAGUAUAACAUCUUUCACGUUUUCUCAAAAAAGCGAUGUUUAUUCAUUUGGAGUACUCAUUUACGAGAUCUUUACAGCAGAAGAUCCAUAUGGUGACGUAACGGUAGCAAUAGCCAGGAAAAAG